UCCUUCUUCCUCGAGAGUCCUGUCGACUGGAUGGACAACGUGGCGGGAGACACGGAGGGUAAGCUCUGCUGCCCAAAGUGCUCUGCCAGGAUCGGUCGGCUGAGCUGGGUGGGGUAUCAAGCUCUGCCUCACCGGUGGAUCACUCCUGCUAUCAUGCUGACUCGCAGCAAAGUUGAU